AUGGGUAUCCAGAAGAGAACGCGCAAAUUCGCUCAGGUGAAAAGAGCAAUUGGUAGCCGUGAUAGCCGGUUAAAGCAGAACCAAGCAAAAGCACCACAGAAGGGCAAAGACGAGAAGAAGAACGAUGACCUUGUCCGAGAAAUCCCCCAAGUCUCCUCAGCCCUCUUCUUCCAAUACAACACAGCCCUGACACCCCCAUACUCCAUCCUCGUCGACACAAACUUCCUCUCGCACACCGUUCAGCACAAACUCGAGGUGAUCCCCACAAUGAUGGACUGCCUAUACGCCAAAUGCAUCCCGAUCGUGACCGACUGCGUGCUGGCGGAGUUGGAGAAGCUGGGCCCCAAGUACCGCAUUGCGCUGCGCAUAGCCAAGGACCCGCGCUUCGAGAGACUCAAGUGUGACCAUAAGGGCACGUAUGCGGACGAUUGUCUUGUUGAUCGGGUUAUUAAGCAUCGGGUUUAUAUUGUGGCGACGAAUGAUAGGGAUUUGAAGAGGAGGAUUCGGAAAAUCCCCGGUGUACCCAUUAUGAGCGUCGCGCGGGCGAAGUAUGUUAUUGAGCGGCUCCCCGACGCGCCUGAGAAAUGA